AGCUGCUACCGCAAUUGUUGGUUUGUUUGUUUGUUUGUUCCCAUAGUCCUCCGACUCGCUAGUCGCUUACAGUUACUUACUUGCCUGCCUGCAACUCACAGUCACGAUGAAGUCUUCUGCUGUUCUCGCUUUGGCCAUGGCUGGCUCCACGGCGGCGUUCGCCCCCACUUCCUCCACGCAGGCUUCUACUAGUAGCACGUCCUUGCAGGCGGCCAUGCCGGACCGACUGUGGAAUACCAUGGUGGACAAGACGGAACGCUCGCGUGCCGUUCCGUUCCUUCCACGCCCGAUCAACUUGGACGGAAGCUCUCCCGGUGACCAGGGAUUCGAUCCGUUCUACCUUUCUUCUAUUCCCAAGAACUUUGCGGGAUUCCUCCAGCCUCCUUCGUGGGAAGAAACGGGAGGAAUCUCCACACUCUACUGGAUGCGCGAAGCCGAAAUCAAGCACUGCCGCGUCGCCAUGCUGGCCGUCACUGGAUGGAUCGCCACCGACUUUGGGGUGCGUUUCCCGGGUGCUGGAGCUCCAUACACGGACAUCCCCAACGCCUACAAUGCGCACAACAUUUUGGUCGACCAAGGAACCAUGACCGUCAUGCUCUUGGCGAUUGGCUUUGUGGAGUUCUGCACCGGAGCCGCUUUGGUGCAGGUUUCCAAAGGAGAACUCACCGACCGUGAUGCUGGCGACUUUGGAUUCGACGGAGGCCUGUUGAAGGGCAAGAGCGCCGAAGCGAUCAAGACCAUGAAGACCAAGGAAGUCAACAACGGACGCCUCGCCAUGCUGGCAUUUGGAGGUAUCGCGACCCAGACCGCCCUGGGCGAAGCUACGCAGAGCUUCCCCUACUUUUAAUUCUUUCCGCGACGGCGACACAACCCCGUACGCUGGCACUAGGUUUUGCCCCUUUUGUUGUUGACUAGUAACACAACACCGUUAGACCGAGACUAUUGUAUCGUGGAACUACAGACACUUACAGUCAGUCUUAUAUUUGUUGACAUUUAUUCGACUAAUGGAACACCUAACUGUAAGGUCGGCCCUAACGUAUUU